AUGGAGUCAGACAUCGUGCCCGCGACUAUCCACGCGUGCUCGUCGCGCAUCAUGCCAACCUCAUCGGCUGCGGAGAACGAUCGGGACCCGAGCGCGGGGCCCACGUGGACUAGAAAGACCUUGACCAUCUGGUUCUUGUUAAGCACGGCCAGCUCGUCGCUGAGCAUGUGGGCCCCGCCGGCGGACGGAGGCGCGGCCACGGUGUCGGAAAGUGCGAUUCUGGCGUCCCGGAAAACGGACGCGAGGGCCCGAGCUUGGGCCGAGUCGUCUAGGGAAGCCCGCAUAAGCAGCAAACUGCCUCACGAUUCUCUGAGGGCGCGAUGCGACGGCCGUGCUCCCCAUUAUCGCUUUACUGGUGGUCGCGGCCGUGACUCUGUCGCCCUCCUUUUCCUAGUGGCGAGAUGUGACGGCCGAGAUCUCCUCAACCGUGCUCCCCGAUGUGGUCGCGGUCGUGACUCCCUCGACGCUGCUUUCGGCGUUGCCUGCGACCUUAAAGCUGGCGAUUCCCUCAAUGGUCUCAACGCCUGCGAUACCCCCUCAGCCGUGCUCCCCGAUAUGGUCGAAGCCGUGACUCCCUCGACGCUGCUUUCCGCGUUGCCUGCGACCUCAAAACUGGCGAUUUCCUCAAUGGUCUCAACGCCGGCGAUUCCCCCAAUGGUGGUUCCAGUCCCAGGAAAUCAGAUCUUGAGAUGCAGCUUACAUUAA